GUUCAAAAUUCUUUGGCCCAUGACAGCAAAUCGAGAUAGCAUCAUACCUCAAUCUACCAGUUUCCGACGACUGUUACUCCUCAACCCAACCGUUUCUUCUCUAAUUAAAUAAACAAAAUGUUCGGAGGAUUCGCCCCCCCUCAGCAAUCACAGGAGGAGAUCCGCGCCCUCGAGGCCGAUGCUGCCUUUACUGUCCAGGGUGCCAUCACCACCGCUGUUCUUCUGUACCUCUCUCCCUUCGCUCUCGACCUUGUCGGCAAGAUCCUCUAGACUACGAUCAUCCGUUGUGUAAACGUAGAGCGGUUCAUGCGAAGACAGUGAAAGGCAUUAUGAUUCUUGCGGACGAUGGCUUUGCCAGCACGCCAUGUACGAUAAAACCGGUUUAGAUGGAACGGACGGAAGACUCAUGAUUAAUCUGUACCAAUAUAUUUUUCAAGACGCGGGGAAAAGCCGCGCAAUAACAUGACUCUCGGCAAUAACACAUGCCUUGGCAUUUUUUUGCUAACUCUACUUUUUAAAAAAAAAACCGUUGUUGUGGUAUCAUUGCUGUAUCAAUAUUGUUCUCGGACUUUACAAAGAUUAAUGUUUC